AUGGCCGUCUCCGCGAGCGCCAAUGCACCCGGCCAUGUCGCGACGCAAAACCUCAACCGGCGUCAAGAGGCAGAGUCUGCACCAUCCGACGGCAUGAACCAAGAGGAGAACUUGGAAGAGCUGAUGAAGGAGUUCAUCGCAAUUGCUGAUGAUGUCAAGAUCCUGGCAGAGGAAAUCAUGAAGCAUCCCGAUCAAGUCUAG